CAGUUCACUAGCCCUCGGCCUACACCAACUUGGUGACCUCUCAAGGUCUCGUCCCGGCCGCUCGCAGCUCAGGUUCCGGCACGGGCCGCCCAGACCCCGGGUCUGUGACCUGCAGGCGAAGCGGACGCCGCGGCCUGGGCACUCGGGGAAAGGGCAGGGACCCAGGCGCCGAGAAACACGGUUUGGGGAGCCGAGUACACGUUACUUCGUGCAGAGCUCCCUCCGUGCAAAGCGACCAGGAACCCAGGUCUCGUCCGCCGCGCCACCCGCCCGGGCCUCCCUCCCGCUCCCCUCAGGAAACAGCCUGCAGUUCCCGCAGCCGCAGCGCGGGCCGCGCGCCGGGAGCGAGCGCAGGCGAGGGGGGCGGCGCGGGCGGGUGCAUCGGGGCUGGCGCCGCGCCCCCCGCGCUCGGCCCUACCGGGCCUCUCGGCGAGGCGUCCCCCGUCCUUCUUCAGGCCCGGCCCGGGGUGCAGGCGAGGCCCGGGAGUCCCCCUCCCGCCAGGUUCAGGCAGAGCCGGACGGCCUGGCGGGAGCAGGCGCCGCGGGCCGCGAGCUCCUCAUUCGAACCUCCCUCGCAGACAGUCUCCGCCCCACAAUGCACCGGGGCGGGCAGCCUUUGAAAAAGCGGCGCGGCUCGUUCAAGAUGGCGGAGCUCGACCAGUUGCCUGACGAGAGCUCUUCAGCGAAAGCCCUUGUCAGUUUAAAAGAGGGAAGUUUAUCUAACACAUGGAAUGAAAAGUACAGUUCUUUACAGAAAACUCCUGUUUGGAAAGGCAGGAAUGCGGGCCCUGCUGUAGAAAUGCCUUUCAGAAAUUCAAAAAGAAGUCGACUCUUUUCUGAUGAAGAUGACAGACAAAUAAAUACAAAGUCACCUAAAAGAAACCAGAGAGUCGCAAUGAUCCCUCAGAAAUUUACAGCAACGAUGUCAACACCAGAUAAGAAAGCAUCACAGAAGAUUGGUUUUCGAUUGCGGAACCUACUCAAGCUUCCCAAAGCACAUAAAUGGUGCAUCUAUGAGUGGUUCUACUCAAACAUAGACAAGCCACUUUUUGAAGGAGAUAAUGACUUCUGUGUAUGUCUAAAGGAAUCCUUUCCUAAUUUAAAAACAAGAAAAUUAACAAGAGUAGAAUGGGGAAAAAUCAGGAGAUUGAUGGGAAAACCUCGGAGGUGUUCUUCUGCAUUUUUCGAGGAAGAGAGAUCAGCCUUAAAACAGAAGCGGCAGAAAAUCAGGCUGUUGCAACAAAGGAAAGUUGCAGAUGUUUCACAGUUCAAAGAUCUCCCCGAUGAAAUUCCUCUACCCCUGGUUAUUGGAACCAAAGUUACAGCACGAUUACGUGGCAUUCACGAUGGUCUGUUUACUGGUCAGAUAGAUGCUGUGGAUACUCUUAAUGCUACUUACAGAGUAACUUUCGAUAGGACAGGGCUUGGGACUCACACCAUUCCUGACUAUGAAGUUCUUAGUAAUGAGCCUCAUGAGACAAUGCCAAUCGCUGCCUUUGGACAGAAACAGCGGCCUUCUCGGUUUUUUAUGACCCCCCCACGGUUACAUUACACCCCUCCUCUCCAAUCACCAAUUACAGAUGGUGAUCCCUUGCUAGGACAGUCGCCUUGGAGAAGUAAAAUUUCUGGCUCUGACACGGAGACGUUAGGAGGCUUUCCAGUAGAAUUCCUUAUCCAGGUGACUAAGUUAUCAAAAAUCCUCAUGAUUAAAAAGGAGCACAUCAAGAAAUUAAGGGAAAUGAACACAGAAGCAGAAAAGCUGAAGUCAUACUCCAUGCCCAUAGGCAUUGAAUUUCAGCGGCGGUAUGCAACGAUUGUUCUGGAGCUGGAGCAGCUGAACAAGGACCUGAACAAAGUGCUACACAAGGUUCAGCAGUACUGCUACGAGCCCAGGGAUUGCAAGUACAAACUGCCUGCUCUUUACCUGAGGAUGGAACCCAGAUAUUCACGUUUGCCCUGCUAGUACUUCAUGUAUCAUUUCCCCAGUCCCUUGUUUGUUUUUUUGAAAUGGUACCUUGGGAGCUGGAGAGAUGGCUCAGUGGUUAAGAGCACUGACUCCUCUUCCAGAGGUCCUGAGUUCAGUUCCCAGCAACCACAUGGUGGCUCACAACCAUCUGUAAUGAGAUCUGUGCCCUUUUCUUGUAUGCUUUAUCAUAAUAAAUAAAUCUUUAAAAAAAAAAGAGAGGAAGAAAGAAAGAAAGAAAGAAAGAAAGAAAGAAAGAAAGAACGAAUGAACGAACAGUAUCUUGCUGGUCUAUGUUAGCCUUGAACUCGUAAUUCUUCUGUCUCACCCUGCUGUAGCCUACAGACUAGAAUUACAGACAGGUACCAUUGUGCCUGCCAGAACAAUUACUCUUAAUUUCACUGUAGAAGAAUUUUAAUCCAGCAGCAUGGCUGCUCCCACAAGGAAGACAUCCAAAGACCUGGGUCUAAGUGAUCCAGCUGGAAUACAGACAUGCCCUUAGUACACACCUUCAAUCCAAACAGUGUAGCAAGUUUAGUUUGACAGUGACUACAAUUAAGGGGCAGACAGAGCGACGAAUCAGAUUUGACAGAAUGAGUCAUAGAUAGGAUACGCCCAACUCUUACAAGAGCAGAGGAGACUGUAUGUCAUGGUCAGCCAUUCGGGAGUCGGUUGAGUUUGGUGCAGUGCAGUUAGGGUCAUUUAUGACUUCGUGCAGUUCUAUGCGAGUCAGUAGAAGCAGUUUUUACAGGACAGUUUUACAGAGACGGCUUGAAAAGGAAGACAGGAAGAGCCAGAGAGUAGGAAGAACCAGAGUAGAACAGAUUGUCAGAGUUAGUUGGAGGCCAAGCAGAGCAAUUCAGGAGAAGCUGAAGGAAGCCAGAUUGAAUCGGUCAGCUUGGAGAGGAGUUUGAGCCAGAACAGCUGAGUUGAGCCAGCCAACCAGAGUUCAGAAAAAAAACUAGAAACAUAAGGAUAUUCGGCAGGAAGUCUAGGAAGCUGAAAGCAUUCUAGGCCUAGUUUGGCAAACAGAGGCUGGAAGCUAAAGCCCUCAAGGUCAGACUUGCAGACAUUAUUGUGUGUGGAAACUAGACGCUCCCGGGCCUAGACCUAGGGAUGGUACAGAGAAGGAACCUAGUGCCUUAGGUGCAAGAGCACUGGAUGAAUAUGGAUCUCACUGUGCCAGGAAAAUGGACCCACACUAUGUGGGCAUUUAAAGCAGAGCAUCAUCACAGAGUGCUGACAGCCAAAUCUGAGCUUCAGAGUAAAGAGCUUAGAAUCUAAUUUAACAGAAAUAAUGCAUAUGGUUUUCUAAAGGUGCCUACUUGGGCUGAGGUGAUGACUCAGUAAAAUGCUCACCACUCAAGCAUGAGGACCUGAGUUCAAAUCCUCAGUACCUUCUUAAAAGCCAGGUACAGUGGUGUCCUAUUACUGCCAGAUCAGGGAAGUGGACACAGAGCUGGGUGGAUCCCUGAAAUUGAUUGGUAUAGGCCACCUCGCUUGACCAAAUUGGUGCACUUUGGGUUUAGUGAGAGACAUUGUCUCAAAACAUAAAGAUGGAAAAUCUCCAGGAGCCCACACGUGGGCAGGAGAUGGGGCUCCGUGGUUAAACGCACUCACUUCUCUCGCUGAGGACCUGGGUUCUCUUCCCAGUUUAGCAGCUAACAAGUGCCCAUUAUUACUCCAGUUCCAGGGGAUCUGAUGCCUCUGGCCUCUUUGGGCACUUCGUAUGCAUGUGGUACAUAUAACACACACACUCAGUAAUGAUAACAAUAAAUUGAAAAGAAACAAACAGAACAUUUGACAACCAUCGGGCAUCAUUGGAUGUUCAGAUUGGUAAGGAAAACUGUGAUGCUAAACAGGAGCUUUAGAUAGCUUCAAAGUCUUUUCUUGGAUACUAAUUAUAAUUACAAAGAGGAAGUCUUUACUAUGUGGAAAGCUGGCAAACAAUUCACUAUUUAACAGAGCAGAAAACCGCAUCUCACCAUAAUGAGACAGAUGACCACACUACCAUGCAGUAAUGACACAGAGAUGACUGCAUCACACUGCAGGGUCCUGCCAGAAGUGUACAAGUUCAGUGUAAUCAUAACAGCUCCCAUAGUCUACGUGCAGGGAUAUUACCCAGGUCCUCCAAGUGUCCUUUGACCUCCUCGUGUAUGCCAUGGCACGUUCAUGUCCACACACACACACACACACACACACACACACACACACACACACACCACUGUCAGGGUGUAUCUCAGGCCUUACUUCUCCAUGUUCAGCUUGCACCAGACCAGGGACUCCAGCCUGCUGAUCAGCCGACAGACAUGAGGCGGAGGUGUGAGGAGGAAGCCCAGGAAAUCGUCCGGCAAGCCAACUCUGCCUCAGGGCAGCCCUGUGUUGAAAACGAAAAUCUGACGGACUUA